AUGAAGCUACACGUUUCGGAAUUCUUCGCGACCCUCCUCGUGCUCCACGCGACCCGCCCCUGCUCGAGCCACACCAGAGACGCCCCUGGAAAAUCCAGAGGAAAAAGAUACGUCGCUUUUCCAGAAGGAACCACUUUCAUCGCGAAUUUGUGCGACACUUUGGCGACAACCACUGGUUUUAACAUGUACUUUCAAGGGAUCAAUUGGGGUACCGGUUGGGUACUACCCAAUAGAACCAGCGUACUCAAUAUGCUCGUAGAGCUCAACGAGCACAAGAGGAAGAGGAUUCAACGCAGAGCCAUCUAUUCCAAAGUGGAAACGAUGCUAGAAGCGGUAGGUUACGAAGGAGCCUCUUGCGUGUACCGGGCCCUGUGCGAAGCUCCUCGAAAAUUCCGGGGAAAAUCCACGAAAUUAUCCGAGGAAUUGUUGCGUAUAUUCUUCAAAUAUCCCCUCCAGGGCCUGCUCGACGACGAGCCCCCGGAUCAUCACCAUUAUCACAAGGCCCACAGGAUAGGCAAAUUCAUGGAACAUCUAGAUUGCUCUGAAAUCUAUCCCGAUUGCCCGGUAUCUUUGAUCGACUUGGCUUUGGGAUAUUAUCACAGUUAA